AUAAGUUCACGGUGACCAUGCGCCAAACAUAACACGGGACCGCAGCGCAGUAUCGACAUUCAAGUUUCAACAAACGUUGACUUACAUUUAGACGUAAUAUCUAUUUGUAGUGUCAUUUCCCUUAUUUAUUAAUUUAAUAUUUAAAUUAUUCGUAGGUUGACCGUUGAACAUUUUUUUGUUGUAUUAUUUAAGUGUUAUAUGUAUUUUAUGAUUUAAUAAUGUACAGUGCCGCAUCCGUGUACAAAUUCUGAAAGAAUUACGUAAUGGGAAUUAUGCUAGAGAGGCUUAGAGUUUUACCCUGAAAAGUGAAAUUCAACAUGGCUGCUGACACGGGUAUGGAUACUUGCCCUAGUCCGGAAAUUACGGAUUCAAGAAAACGUCCACUCGACGGGGACUCAGAGAAUGGCGAUAUCAAGAGAUCGCACUUCAGCUCAGUUCAAGACUUGGUGACGGCAUUGCCUUUGGCUAACGGCCAUGGCAAUAUAACGUCUCAUUUCGCCGUGGAGCCAACAUACCACUUCAAAGUUCUGGUCCCCUCGAUGGUGGCCGGUGCCAUCAUCGGAAAGGGUGGCGAGACCAUUGCCCAGCUACAGAAGGACACCGGUGCCAGGGUCAAGAUGUCCAAAUCACACGAUUUCUAUCCAGGUACAACAGAAAGGGCAUGCCUGAUAACGGGUUCCGUGGAAGGCAUCAUGGUGGUGCUGGACUUCAUCAUGGAAAAGAUCAAGGAGAAGCCGGAGCUGGUGAAACCGUUCCCCGAGGCCGUUGACGCGAAGAUGCCACAAGAUCGGGACAAACAGGUUAAAAUCUUGGUGCCAAACUCGACAGCGGGCAUGAUCAUCGGCAAGGGAGGCAACUACAUCAAACAGAUUAAGGAGCAGAGUGGCAGCUACGUCCAGAUCUCGCAGAAGGCCAAGGAGCUGUCGCUGCAGGAGCGGUGCAUCACCGUUGUCGGCGACAAGGAGAACAACAAGAAGGCGUGCAUGAUGAUCCUGCAGAAGGUGGUGGACGACCCGCAGUCGGGCUCGUGUCCCAACGUGUCGUACGCGGACGUGGCCGGGCCCGUCGCCAACUACAACCCCACGGGCUCGCCCUACGCCGUCGCCACGCCCGAGGUGACGGAGGUGACACGCGACAUGUUGGCAUUACACCGCGACCCGUCCACAACGACCGCGAGCACACAUUGCGCCAGAUAUAAAGCUUUAUUCAUAAGCCCGCUUCGCUGGGUGCAUUUUAAAAGGAAGUAAAUUAAAUUUUAUUAAUCUUAUUACAAAUACAAUAAGUAGCUAUAAAAUAUCAAGGAUAAAUUUCGCAUCGAAUGGUGGUAUUGUAAUGUCGAUACGAUCAGUGGUUUAGGCGUGAUUGAGCCUCAUACAAAGACCUUUUUCAUCUAUCUUAUAUAUAUAUAAUGACAUGAAACUACCACAAUUCGAUGUGAAAUUUAUCCUAGAUGGUUUAUGGCUUACUUUUAUAAUUCCAACGUUCCUUCAUUAAUUUAUUUCCUUUUACACUUCGCCCAGCGAAGCAAGCCGAAACAGCUAGUAUCUACAUAAUAUAAUGUAAUAACCUUAUCUAGAACAUGGUCGAUAGUUUAUCAAACCAAAAAAAAUAAUAGUAGGAUGAAUAGCAUUAGAAAAGUAAGAAUAUAACUGUAAUUAAAAAGGAACAAUAAUUUGCUGGCCGUCUGAGGUCGGAAACUGUGGGGUCCCUCCCCACAGUUUAAGGGUAGAAAACGUUUUAUCUCGAUUUCCUGCAAAACUACUUAAUUUUUUUCCACUACUACAAGUCCUAUAGUUUUGACGAAAAUUGAGAUAAACCAGACCGCCCGUAAAUUAUUCAACGUUUCAUUUUUAUUAUAUAUUCUUCAUUUUGCUAUGGGUUUCAUUAUACUAUUAUUUUUUUUGCACUUUUUAUCAUUUUCAAAGCCUUCAAUCCCACGUCAAGUCAAAUAAUAUUCUGUUUCGGAGUGUAGUUAACUAAAAAUAAUUUAACAAAAGAAACUUGUUUGCGGAUCAAACAGACCUCAAACAGGCCACUCCCUCACUUGACAGUCACAAACAAUUAGCAGAAAACUAUGUAAUGUGUAGCACACCGCACCGCGUUGCGGUAUCCGAACGCAAGUCGCGCGACGUUGUGGAUGAACGUUAUUUUUUAAAUUUUAGUAUUUAAGGUUUUGUAUUAAGUCUGAAUAAACUGACAAAGUACAUUAGUAACCGAGCUGGUCCUCUAUACAUCAGCUUAUAAUAAAAGUCAUUUAUUUUCUCAAAAUUGAGUCCGUUUGAAUUCUUUUUGAUGUCAUUUCUAAUAUACUAGAUACUACUACCGCUUCGGAAACAAAUGGUGCUCUGAGAUAUUAUGCGUUUUUUUGCGCUUUUUUUAAGCAAUUAUACAAUAUUUUAUUGUCAUUGCUAAUUGAUAUAAAAUAAUCAUAAUCUAGCCCCAGGCUGUUGGAUCACUUAGAUAUUCAGCUGUGGAAUAAUAGGAUUUAUGACACAGCCAUUUUUUAGUAAAACAUUUAAAUUUAUUUAUAGAUAAUGCCUGAACAGUGCCUGGGAUUUGACUAUAAAAGUGUAUACAUUUACCCUUAAAGCUAUAAUGUAUCUUAUUUAUACAUAUAAAUAAAAUUGGAGUGUCUGUUUGUAAUAUCCGUUUUUUACUAAAUAAAUAUAUCGGAGAUCUGAGGGUAUAUUACUCAGAUAAUGUAAUCAAUGAAUAAUUGACAAGGAAAGAACCUCUGUAUAGUUUUUAAAAGGUGUGACGUCAUUACUGUUGACAUCACAAUUGCUAUCUUUCUCUUUCUUCUAAAGAAGACUACACGAGUAGGUAUUUUAUUACUUUCGUUUAUUCAACGGGCAGCGUACGACGGCCCGAGCACGACUGAUCCAAGUGUCGACCGUGCGGCUGUAUUUAUAGGACCCGGCGCACGUGCUUCUCCACGUGUUUUGAAAUGCGGCCGUAUUUAUGGGGCUCGGUGCACGUGCACGUGUUUUCAAUUCAUGUUGUUUUUACAAUAAUUUCACAUCACAAUGUAAUUAAAGGAUAUAUUAUGAACAAAUUUUAACUAAAACUAAUUGUUCUCGUUUUUAUAAUAGGUGUGUUGUAGUAUUUGCGCCGAUAGGGCCAUUCUGACAGGCGGUGCGCGCUCUGCUGGUGCAGAGCGUGCAGAGAGUGUCUGCCUGGUUGGUAUUUGUAAGUUGUAGUGGAUUCUUAUAGAUUCUCGCUAGUUCUUAUCGACUGUUAUUGUAACCGUAGGUUGUCGAAGGUUCUCGUAGAGUUCUCGAAGAUUCUCGUAGAGGAUUGAGAGUUCACGUAGAUUUCUCAAAGAUGGUCUUAGAUAAUUGGGAGGUUCUCGGAUAUUCUCGUAGAGAAUUGGUAGUUUUUCGCAGAGUUCUCGGAGAUUCUCGUAGAGGAUUCGGAGGUUCUCGCAGAAUCCUCGCAGAUUCUUGUAGGUUCUUAUUGACCUGCAAGUAUAUAAAGUUGUAUGAGGCUUUUCAGAGGUUCUCGAAGAGUUCUCGGAGGGUCUCGUAGAUUAAUAAAAGGUUAUCAUCAGGAUGUUUUGAAUUAUAUAGAAUAAAACUGUUCACAUUGUGUAUUCAUCAAGAGUCCGUGGUAAGCACAAGUGUGCAAUGUGAUUAGGUCAGAGGUAACACGCUCCAGACACUCGUAUGGAUCUGUGGUGUGUACGUGUCUAAUCACAAUUCCACAAGGCUUCCCAACGGUAUCUCCACGGUUCUCUUAUGGAUACAUCAUGGGUCCGUGGUUAUCCAAGUUUAUGACAUGAUUAGCUCAGAGGUACCACGCUCCAGAUAUUCAUACGGAUCUGUGGCGUCUAAGAGUAUACUCACGAUUCCACAAGGCGUCCCAACGGUAUCUCUGAUGGAUACAUCAAGCAUCACAAAUGUAUGACGUUGUUAGCCUGAGCUACCACCGCCAGAGGUACCACGUUUCAGGCACUUUUCUCGUAGGACUCCCUUGUGGAUUUAUAAAAGAUAUUAGUCUGGUUGUUUUGAAUUAUUGAAUAUAGGUACUUCCCUUUACUCUGAUUAUCCUCACACUGAGUCUUAGUGUGGCUGCAGUGACAGCCUUUCUCAUAUGAUUGAUGGAAUGGGCUGGGUGUGUUGUGCAAUAGGAUCUCGGUGAGUAGGUAAUUCAUUUUCCGCCGAAACGGUCAACUGUUCACCAGUUUGAGGUGCCAGACGGAUUAAAAAUUAGUGCAUCAUACAGUCAGUUGCAACCACAACAUAACUCCAACGCAACCGCACCGUGAGACUAAAAUUCCUAAUUUCAGCUACGUUACCCACGCUGAUUGACUGCCAUCAUUGCAAUCGGCCAAGAUUAAUGCCAAGCUCGAAGAGACCAUGACGCAACCGUGCCCUUCUACAAAAUUAUCUCGUCUUCCUUCUAUAACAAUAAUAAUGUUACACGGCACAUGGGCACGCCCUUUAAGUUAUUAAAUUUCAUACGAGCACUGUGCUCCUCAAUUGUAACAAAAUUAAAAUUUCUCACGUCACUAAACGUUGCCGUGACAAACCAUCAGAACAUACCAAAGUAUGCGCGUCUAUCAGGAUACCACGCAAAUAAGCAUGUACAGGUGCCAUUCUGCAGCACCACGAGCUGACACCAUACUGCAUCGUCAAGAGCGGAUUCCGCGAUGGAAAAUGCGCCUCACGAUCCUCCGCUAUAGACGCUAUGCAUCACGCCAGGCUAUGCAGCAAAUGCAGUUGCCACUUCCUAGCACCUCGAGACAGUGACACCAUUGGAUCCAUUAAACAUGAAAAUAACAAAAAAAAAAUAAACUUAUUUCAUAAAAUGCAAUGGUCAUCGUAAACGCCAUGUAAUUUAACAUACUUGAGAGCGUCUUAUGUAGCUUUUAAGAUUCUUGAAGAAUGGUCGCGCAACACAAACUUACAGCUAAUCCGUCAAAGACGGAGCUAAUACUAUUCACAAACAAACGCAGCCUUGGUAAUCUUACAUUACCAAAGCUGUUCAACACCGAACUAAGCCUUACUAAAUAAGUUAAAUACCUAAGGGUCAUACUGGAUAGUAAGUUGCUUUGGAACAAACACCUUGAACACAAGCUGGAAAAAGCGUGCAUCAUCUUUUGGCAGUGCAGAAGACUCAUAGGCAAAACCUGGGGUCUUGCUCCAAAGAAAUGCAGAUGGCUCUAUACAGCAGUCAUCAGAUCAAUUAUCUCCUAUGGAGCAAUAGCUUAGUGGCCCAGGACAGAGCUUGUGACAUUACAAACCAAGCUGCAGCGUUUCCAGCGGCUGGCUUGCACAGCCAUAACAGGAUGCAUGCGCACCACGCCUACUUCCGCCCUUGAAACCAUCCUGGGGCUAACACCACUCGACAUACACUUUCAACAAGAAGCGACAAUGGUGACUACGUCUAAAGCUGUUGGGUGUAUGGAAGAAUGAAGACUGCCUAACAGAUAAUCUCUGGAAUAGGGUAACAAAGGACUAUCCACUCUGUGAGGCACCAUGCGACAAGAUACCUAAAACACAUGCUUUUCAUAAGAACUAUCACAUACAGCUAUGAGAGAAAGAUGCUGACCAGUCAGGUGUAAAUGAAUUAAGAAUUUACACAGACGGCUCGAAAAUGGCUACUGAAACUGGUGCCAGAAGAUGCCGAUCUUCUCACAGGAACUGAACAUACACACUUCCAUACCCUUGGGCACACACAACUUCAUCUUCCAAUGUGAGUGUGUAGCCGUCAAAGAAGCCGCCAGCGCAAUAUUAAGAAGAAAAGUACAUGGCCACAGAAUCAGAAUUCUUUCUGACCUACAACUCAGCACUAAUACACGAGUGCCACCAAACACUGGAACAAGUUGUCUCUUAUAACCGGGUAACUCUGCAAUGGAUCAAGGGACAUAGCGGUUCGUUGGGAAAUAAUGCAGCGGAUGAGCUUGCAAGGCGGGCAUCGGCAAAUCUAGUGACUGGUCCAUUGCCACUUUUGCCACGGCCCUUCAGCUAAAUGCGCUCAUGGAUACGCUCUCUCACCAACGACCUACACAACACCCGAUGGAUGAAUGUCUCAAGCUGUAGACAGUCGAAGGAGGCGAUACCUGCACAAACUGACACGUAGACUUAUCAGCCUCAACAGACAUAACAUCCGUAUAAUGGUGGGCACCCUAACGGGUCACACAUCACUAAACAAACAUCUUUUCACAAUCGGCGUAACGGACAGUCCUAAGUGCAGAGGCUGUCUGGCCGAAGAAGAAACGGUCACUCACGUAAUAAGGAGCUGGGCUGGUUGGAGUAACUGGCCAUUACUGCACGCAAAAUGGACCCAUGCUAGUGGUUUUAUUGCGGAAACAGGAGCUCCUAUACCAUACCAUACCAUCGUGUCAUGUUCCGUUAUCUUGUUCGGUCCAGCCCUCAUGCGAAUACUGCGCAAGGUAUUAUGUAACAUUACACGUCGUUCUACACUACGCAUUGCAGCGCACUCGUUCCAGUCAAAUUAAGUAGACUUGAAUCCUUUAUCUUCACUUCGGUAGACAAAGCACAUAGGUGCACCGACAUUUUUUGGAUCGUCUCCAUCAUUUUUGCAUCAAGAAAUGACUUGGUAUCCCUCCCAUCUGAUUUCCAUAAUAUGGGUAUGCUUGCAGUCCUUGUGACCCUGCUUCCAAUGGCGUAUUGUUAUCUACCAACGGUCCCUUCUGCUGGAUGAUGGUUGGUCGCAGUUGAUCAGUUCGUAUUCCACUUCUGAUGUUACUCAUUACUUACUACACUUCUGAGAUUACUCAAAUAAUGUAAUCAAUGAAUAAUUGACGAGGAAAGAACCUCUGUAUUGUUUUUAAAAGGUGUAACGUCAUUACUGUUGACAUCACAAUUGCUGUCUUGCUUAAGAUUACUCAUUGGUUCUUGUAAAGAAGACUACACGAGUAGGUAUUUUAUUACUUUCGUUUAUUCAACGGACAGCGUUACGACGUCCCAGAGAGGUCCGUACCGUACGACGGCCCGAGCACGACUGACCCAAGUGUCGACCGUGCGGCUGUAUUUAUAGGAUCCGGCGCACGUGCUACUCCACGUGUUUUGAAAUGCGGUCGUAUUUAUGGAGCUCGGUGCACGUGCACGUGUUUUCAAUUCAUGUUGUUUUUACAAUAAUUUCUCGUUUUUAUAAUAGGUGUGUUGUAGUACUUGCGCCGAUAUAUAUGAAUAUGUAUACGGUACUUAAACCAAAAUUUUUUUUUUACAAUUUUUGUCGGUCUGUCUAUUUGUUCCGGUUAGAAUAGGCUUGAAAUAGUUAGACCGAUUUUGACGGGACUUUUAUUGGCAGGUAGCCGUUGUAAUAAGGAGUGACUAUGUUUUAGAAAUCUUGCAAUGCCACGAUACGGUCCAACUCUACAAAUAAUGUAUAUGGCAAAACAACGUUCGCCGGGUCAGCUAGUAAUAUGCGUGGGGUG